UCUGUUGAUAACAGUAGCCAAGCAGCAUGGCGUUGAACAUCUAUGGAGUGGUUGCAGUGGUGGUCUUCUACCUCCUGAUCCUCGGGACGGGGGUCUGGGCGGCCCAAAAGUCACGGAGAGCCAUGAGGAAAAGCCGCGGAGACCAGACCGAGGUGGUCCUGCUUGGAGACAGGAAUAUCAACCUGGUGGUGGGCAUCUUCACCAUGACCGCGACAUGGGUUGGAGGUGGCUUCAUUUUGGGUGUGGCUGAGGCUGUCUACAAUCCUAAAAUGGGAUUAAUAUGGGCUCUAAUGCCUAUACAGUAUUCCCUAUCAUUCAUUUUGGGUGGUGUCUUCUUUGCUAAACCAAUGAGGGAUAAGAUGUACAUAACCAUGAUGGAUCCAUUCCAGCAAAAGUACGGCAAAAUCCUGAGUGGGAUCCUGGUGCUGCCUGCCUUGUUGGUCGAUGUGCUGUGGGUGUCCUGCACGUUGCUUGGCUUAGGAGCAACUAUGAGUGUCAUCCUGGAUCUGCCCUAUUCCAUCUCAGUGUGGAUUUCUUCAUCUGUGGCCAUUGUGUACACUUUAUUAGGAGGCUUGUAUUCAGUGGCUUAUACAGACGUCAUACAGCUCUCCCUUGUAUUUCUCAGCCUGUGGAUGUGCGUCCCUUUCCUGAUGGUUAAUCCCAAGUCUGUGGAUAUCGCUCAAACCGCCUUUAACCACAUGUACCAAAGCCCAUGGGUGGGCACCCUCGAAUCGGCCACGCUGUGGAAAUGGAUCGAUGACUUUCUAAUGUUGGGUCUUGGAAGUGUCUCUUUUCAAAGCUUCCACCAGAGGACGCUGUCUUCUUCUUCAUCUGAAACAGCCAAGCUAACGUGCUUUGCAGCUGCCAUUGUCAUUGCCAUACUGGGAAUCCCUCCAGUCUUGGUUGGAGCAGUUGCUGCUUCUACAGAUUGGAACCAGACGCAGUAUGGUCUGCCCCCUCCAUACAUGCGCGGGGAGCACAGUUUGAUUUUGCCCCUGACCCUCCAGCACCUCACCCCUCCCUACAUCUCCAUCAUUGGGAUCGGAGCCGUGGCCGCAGCCGUCAUGUCCUCUACAGACUCUGGGCUCCUGUCCGCAACUUCUGUCUUCUCUUCAAACAUCUACAAAAACAUACUGCGUAGAGGGGCUUCUGACUGUGAGAUUAAGUGGGUGAUCCGGGUGACUGUGGUCAUUGUUGGUCUAGUCGGGACCUCCAUAACCUUCUACACCAACAGCACUUUGCUUCUUUGGAUCCUUGGAGCAGACGUUUCCUACACCCUCAUCUUCCCCCAUCUGGUCGCUGUCCUCUUCUUCAAAAUCACAAACGGCUAUGGUGCCUUUGUGGGUUACAUUGUUGGGUUGACAGUUCGGAUUUUGCUCGGAGAAAACACAGUAGGUCUUCCAGUUCUUCUUCCUCUGCCUGGAGCCACUUUGGAGGAGGGUGUCUAUGUCCAAAAGGCCCCAGUGAGGACAGUGUCCAUGCUCUGCACCCUAGGGACCAUUCUCAUCUCCUCACUUUUGUUUACUCUCCUGUUUAAACAUGGACUCUUGCCUGAAAAGUGUGAUAUUUACAAUGUAAAAUCUACAUGUACUGAACCAGCAGAGGACUCACUGGACAGAGGGGAAACAGAGCCAUGUGAUCACACACAAGGAGUAGCCUUACAGCCAAUGCUGCGGUCUUAAUGUUUACUUUUGACAAAUCUAAAAAUGUUAGAACCAGAAAUUUACUGUAUUCAUGUUCAUUUUUUGUCAAUAUGUAAUGCAAAACUGUUUUUGUAUGACAAAAUAAUGAUGAAAAUCACUAAAACAACAGUUAAGUCUGGACUGAACCACAACCUUGGCUGAAGAACCAGAACCUGUUAAAAUCUAAACGGUUGUAAAGGAUCUGCUGUGGAUUUGUCCUGACAGGCAUUUUUUAUUAAAGCUCCACCACAUAAGAUUUAAACCAAAGAAUAAACAAAUACAAAAGUUUUUACUGAACUAUGUGGGUUUUGUUCACACAAUAAAGAAAAACAUACAUCCAUAAUGUGAGAGUGAGCCUCCACCAGAAAAGUUACAAAGUGCUCCUUCAGCGUUUUACUUUAUGUGAGUGAAUAUAACACUGUUGAUGAAGCAGUCAUAAAAAAAAUCAAAAUUCUUCCAGAUAAAUAGCGUUGUAUUUUUAUUUACUUGGCAACUGCUGAUAGAAACCAUGGCAACUGUUAAUGUUACAACAAUGUUCAUAUUAAAUCAUCAGAAUGUCGUUGAAAAAAAGCUGAAAGGUGAUUUUGACCACUCAUGAUAUUAAAAUAUUUGGAAACUCUG